GCGAGAGAGAGCAAGAGAAAUUCAGUUAAUUCUUUCGCCACUGGCUGUUUGCUGCCUCCAGCUGUCUUCCCAAAUCCGAAGUGGGACCAUACAGAUGAAGAGAGUUCGGCAUUGGUGGCGUUUCGUAGGCAAGAAAUAACGCGGUCAAAAUGCUUUUAUUGCUAAUAUGCUUUCACUUCGUCACCCAAGUACUCAGUGAAGUGCCUCCAGAUCUGCCACAGGAUGUCAUGGUUGAUAACUGGCAGUUGACGUGGACUCCAGCCACAAAAGAGAGCACUGUCACUUACUCUGUUAGGUACUGCAGCUUGCACUGUAAUCUUUGGAAAGAUGUCUCUACCUGCAAGCAGACGAAUACCGCGUCCUGUAAUGUCGCUUUCAUCAAAGCCGAGGCAGAGCAUGGCUGUGUUAGGCUGGGUGUGCAAGCAGAGAGGCGUGGGCUGACUUCAGAGCUAGUCGAAGCCUGUAGCAGACAAGGGAUCGCCACAGCGGGUCAUCCUUUUCCAUUAGCUGAAUUUCCAACGGCGCCCUGCAGGUUGGCGGCGCCGGUGGCGGACGUUGUUAACCCGGGCCAUGACCGAUCCGGUAACUCAUGUAGCCCUGAAGUUAGCCUGGAUGCACGCCCUGGCUUCUUAACUCUUCAUUUAAAUAGAAAAAGUAAGAUUGCUCUCGAAGGGAACCACAUAAAACAUAGGAUUUACUUUGGAAAAAAGGGAGAACUCCUGGAGGCAUAUGAAGAUGCUGUGGCCUCUGUGUCCAUUGACAAUUUAAAGGAGGGAGAGCACUACUGUGCACGAGUGCAGUAUACUUACUUUGAUGAUCCUGUCGGACUGGCCAGAUGCACCCAGUGUGAAGUCAUCCCUCACUCAAGCCCAACAACAACAAAAAUUGAGAUAACUGUCACCAUUGUGAUUCUCUUUAUUAUUCUAAUACCAGUCAUAGCAUACAUUCCACUCUUUCAAAGGAGGAGAAUCAAAGAGUGGCUGAAACCUCCAUACAAGAUACCAGACCCUGUCUUCUUUGAUGUACAUGAUCUGUCUCGCAAUCCAAUCUCCAGCAACAGCCCAACUGAGGAGUUCUGUGAUAUUACAAGCAUGGAGUUGAGAGGACAACGAAAGUAGCUGCCUAUGAAGACUUUGAUGUUUCUUGACAAUUUAUCCCAGAUGUGUGAUCAGUUUGAUAAGAAAUGAAUGGGCUACUUGGUAAUAGAAAAAUAACCAAGCACCACAAUGCAAAAAUAUCCUCAUACCGUAUUUUCACGACCAUAAGGCGCACUUAAGUCUUAAAUUUUCUCCAAAAUGGACGGGGCGCCUGAUAAUGCGACACGCCUUAUGUGUGCACCGAGUUCCAAAAUCUAUAAAUGUUGUUGUAUGAUGAGCGCUCCGCUUGACUGACUGGGAGCAUUUCCUGCCGACACGCUGCUUGUAUAGAGGAAAGGCGGACGUGACUGAGGGCAGCAUGUGAACGUUAAAGGGGGCAGGGUGCGUGUGAAGGAGGACGCUAAAGGCACGCCCCCAGUAGGUAUAUAGCGCCGGUACGUGCAUUGUGCAAAACAUCGGUUUGGCUAAGGACCCCCGAAAAUGGCACCUACGAAGAGACGCAGUUUAAACUGCAAGCUAUCAGUUAUGUGGAGGAACAUAACUGAUAGCAGCCGCGACAGAAUUAAAGAUCAACGAAACCAUGGUUCGCAAGUGGAGGAAGCAGGAAAACGAUCUUAGUCAAGAAGCCGAAGCUGAGUUUCCGUGGAAACAAGGCGAGGUGGCCCGAGUUGGAAGACCAACUCGAGCAAUGGAUGAAUGAGCAAAGAACAGCCGGGAGAAGCGUCUCUACAGUCACCAUUUGACUGAGGGCAAUAACUCUGAGCUUGCCAUCAUUCCGGGAGGCUUGACGAAGGAACUCCAACCACUGGACAUCGGUGUAAACGGGGAGUUCAAAGUGAAGUUGUGAGCGGCGUGGGAGCGAUGGAUGACAGAUGGCGAACACUGCUUUACUAAAACUAGGAGGCAGCGCCGGGCGAGUUACACCACAAUUUGUGAAUGGAUUGUGGACGCUCGGGCUAACAUGUCUCCUUGGACUGUUGUUCGAGCUUUCGUAAAAGCCGGCAUCAUUUCUGAGGAGCCACACGGCAACGAGACUGACUCAGACAAUGACGAGAGGGAACCCGGCAUGUUAGAUGGAGAACUUGCCCAGCUGUUCAUUUCGGAUACAGAACAUGAGGACUUUGAUAGAUUUGUGGAUGAUUGAUCAAAAACUAACGUGAGUACAUUGUUAAAUACUUCAAUAAAGUACAACCGAACUCAGUUUUGCUCCCGCUGCCUUUUUAAAAACAUUGUUUUAGCGUGCAUGCAUGCUACCCUAUGUUUUAAGCGAGCAUGUUUUACCAUGCCUGUGUCCAAUAAUAUGGUGCGCCUUAUGUAUGUGUUAUAUACAGAAAUAGACUCCGUAACUGAGACUGCGUCUUUUAAUACGGUGCGCCUUAUGGUCGUGAAAAUACGGUAUUUUGCUAAAUUGACUCGAAUCCACACAUAAGGACUGUGUUAUGUAUUUAUUACAUAUCAGUUGAUGAACUUUUCUACUUUCAGAAUCUUAGGCGGGAUUUACACUGCAGGUUCAGUUUCCCAAUUAUUAAAUGCCUAUCCUGUAUUAGAUUUUUUUUGUUUUUUUUGUUUUGUGUUUGAUUUAAUUGACCACAGUCACAAAUUGCACAUGCAGUACACAAGCAUCAACACUGGGCAAUAACAGGAAGAAAGUGGGGGAAAAAAAGGUCUAUUCUUUAUUAGUGAUUUAUUUAUUUGUUUUGUGUGUUUUGUCUUUGAUUUAAUUGAACACAUUUGAAAAUUGCACAUGUUCUGGCAAAUCUUUUUUCUGAAAGAAUAAGGAAGGACUCAA